AUGCUUCAGAACAAUUUCACCACGAUCACAGAAAUUCAUCUUCUGGGAUUUCACAAUCUCUAUCAUUUCAACAUUUUGUUCUUCAUUGUGUUUUUCAUAAUUUACUGCCUUACAACAUGUUGGAAUUUGCUUCUCGUAGUUGCGGUGGCUAAGAUCAGAAGCCUGCACGCUCCAAUGUACAUCUUCCUCACUCAACUCUCUUUAUCAGACAUUAUAAUGACCAACAGUAUAAGUCCAAUUUUGCUCCAUGUAUUGGUGGACAAACCGGCCACCAUCACCUUUACAGGCUGCCUUGCUCAGUACUACUUCUUCUGUGCCUCUUUGGCAUUUGACACUCUCCUGUUAACAGUGAUGUCCUAUGACCGAUAUCUCGCCAUUUGUAACCCUCUACGUUAUAAUACCAUUAUGAACUAUGUAUUUUGUUUAAAACUAAUUAUAUCUUCUUGGUUCCUGGGCUUUUCUGCAAUCAUAAAAUAUGUCUUUGAAAUUUCUGAUUUAAAAUUUUGUGGCUCCAAUGUCAUUGACCACUUUUUCUGUGAUCUGUCUCCUCUGUUGGCCCUUUCUUGUUCGGACACAUAUGUUCUACAAGUUGAAGUUACUAUUAUUACUAUUUCCUUGUCUGUUUUCCCAUUUCUGCUCAUCAUUACAUCAUAUUGUUAUAUAAUCUGCACUAUCUUAAGAAUCCCCUCAGUCACCGGAAGGCAAAAAGCCUUCUCCACUUGCAGCUCCCAUCUCACAGUUGUGUCAAUGUUUUUUGGAUCUCUUCUUUGUACUUAUGCGGCUCCAACACGGGGGCAGUCAUCAACUUCCAGCAAAGUACUUUCUCUUUCAUAUACUGUCAUGAUUCCUUUGAUUAACCCUCUCAUAUAUAGUUUUAGGAAUAAUGAUAUUAAAGAAGCUUUUCAUAAAACUUGCAGAAUCUACUGA